CCAAGAGGAGGAGUUAACUGCAUGUCUCUUUCAGCUGGGGUGACUGCUGUUCUCUCUCUCCUGCUCCAGUAACUGGAGGCACAAGUUCCUUCUUCACCAGCCUCAACUUCAUUUCUCAGGAAGGUCUGGGCUGUGUUCUGCUGCUACAGCCAUGGCACCCAAAAAGAACAAGGCGACCAAAAAGAGCAAAGGGGACAUAAAUGAAAUGACCAUAAUGGUGGAGGACAGCCCCAUCAACAAGAUCAAUGGGCUCAACACCCUGUUGGAAGGAGGAAACGGCUUCAACUGCAUUUCCACUGAAGUUACAGAUUCAGUUUAUGCCCCAAACCUUCUGGAGGGUUUGAGCACCAUGAGGCAGGACAGCUUCCUCUGCGAUCUAACAGUCACCACCAAGUCAAAGUCAUUUGAUGUCCACAAGGUUGUCAUGGCCUCCUGCAGCGAGUACAUUCGAAACAUCUUGAAGAAGGAUUCAGCCCUCCAGAAGAUCGACCUUAACGACCUCUCGCCGGUCGGCCUUGCCACAGCAAUUACAUAUGCAUACUCUGGAAAGCUGACCCUGUCGUUGUACAGCAUCGGUAGCACUAUCGCUGCGGCCAUGCUGCUGCAGAUCGGCACCUUAGUGAAGAUGUGCAGUGAUUUCCUCAUGCAGGAGCUCAGUGUGGAGAACUGCAUGUAUGUGGCCAACAUUGCCGACGCCUACGACCUCAAAGAAACCAAGGAGGCAGCUCAGAAGUUCAUGCGGGAGAACUUCAUCGAGUUUUCUGAGAUGGAGCAGUUCCUGAAGCUCACCUAUGAGCAGAUUAGCGAUUUCCUCUCAGAUGAUUCCCUGCAGCUUCCCUCCGAGGUCACGGCCUUCCAGAUUGCUAUGAAGUGGCUGGACUUUGAUGAGAAGAGGUUGAAGUACGCAGCAGAUCUCCUGACGCUCAUCCGCUUCGGCACUAUCUCUGCCCAAGACCUGGUGAAUCAUGUCCAGAGCGCGCCCAGGAUGAUGCAAGACCCCGAGUGCCACCGUCUCCUUGUUGAUGCCAUGAAUUACCAUCUGCUGCCCUACCAGCAGAACAUCCUCCAGUCACGCAGGACAAAGGUGCGUGGUGGCCUCAAGGUGAUACUGACAGUCGGCGGGCGCCCUGCCUUGACAGAGAAAUCUCUCAGCAAAGACGUUCUCUACAGAGAUGUAGAUAACGUGUGGAAUAAGUUGACAGAAAUGCCAGCAAAGAGCUUCAAUCAGUGUGUGGCAGUGUUGGACGGCUUCCUGUAUGUGGCAGGUGGCGAGGACCAGAAUGACGCAAGGAACCAGGCGAAACAUGCUGUCAGUAACUUCUGCAGAUAUGAUCCCCGCUUCAACAAUUGGAUUCACUUGAGCAACAUGAUCCAGCGCCGCACACACUUCAGCCUGAACAUCUUCAAUGGCCUCCUGUUCGCCAUCGGUGGGCGAAACAGCGAUGGGGUUCAGGCCUCUGUGGAGUGCUAUGUGCCUUCCUCCAACCAGUGGCAGAUGAAAGCUCCCAUGGAGGUGCCCCGCUGCUGUCACGCCAGCUCCCUCAUCGAUGGCAAGAUCCUUGUAUCUGGAGGUUACAUCAACAAUGCCUAUUCCAGGGCAGUGUGUGCGUACGACCCCUCCACCGACACCUGGCAGGAUAAGAGCAGUCUGAGCACACCUCGAGGCUGGCACUGUGCUGCCACCGUGGGAGACCGAGCCUACGUCAUCGGUGGCAGUCAGCUGGGAGGUCGUGGGGAGAGGGUGGACGUCCUCGCUGUCGAGUCUUACAACCCCCAGAGUGGGCAGUGGAGCUACUGCACGCCUCUCCACACAGGAGUGAGCACGGCGGGCAUUUCCAUUUUGAACAACAAGAUCUAUCUCCUCGGAGGCUGGAACGAGGGCGAGAAGAAGUACAAGAAAUGCAUUCAGGUUUUCAACCCUGACCUCAAUGAAUGGACUGAGGACGAUGAGUUGCCAGAAGCUACUGUCGGCAUUUCAUGCUGUGUCGUCACCAUACCCACACGGAAAACACGAGAGUCCAGAGCCAGUUCAGUGUCUUCUGCACCAGUCAGUAUAUAAAGGUUUAGAUGGUUAUAAUGUAGUUUACAUGUCAAAAGGUCUCCAGCUUUUUCUGUUGCAUAAAUAUUGGUUCUAAACUCUACCAGUAGGGGUGAAGACGAUAAGGUAAAUUAUCAACUUUUGCUAAUUUGGGAACAUGUUCUUCUAGGAUUUUUUUAAAACUCCAUUCAGUAGAAGCAAAUUGAAGCCUUUAAAUGUAUUUUCAGUGUUUUUAGUUUAAUAAUUUGUAUAAUUGGCAUGAUUAAAGUCAGAAAAUGUUUAUGACAGAGAGCCAUAACCAUUUUUUUAAAAUCAUUUUUAGACAGAAAUUUACCUUUGGGGCCAAUUCAGUUGGGAUAAUUUCACUAGCCCUUUUCUAUAGCAAAUAUACUGUUAAUAAAAAGUCAAAUGAAAGGUAUAAAAUGCAAAAUCACUGCUGUUGUUGAGAUUAAUCUGUAACAUGAUUGUCUUUUUUUACCCGGAGCCAUAAAUUGAUCAACAUUGUGUUGUUUGCAACACAUAUUUUGUGACAGUCCUGUUCAUGUCAACCAUAGCUACUGUGAUUCUCAGAUACUUGACCAGAAUAACGAGCUGGAGGUGAAACAAAUGUUGGUAUCACCUACCAGGCGUAGGUGCUUGUGCUGAGUGUUUAAACACACUGCACAGUCAGGCUGCAGUUUCUCUACAUGCGUCUCAUGUGCAGCGCUCAGUGGUCUUGUGUCAUAAACACUAUCAGUGCAAAGAAAUGGAUCCUGUUGGGGAAAUGUUGGAGUGGUGAGGGUUGAAUGGGUUUAGGUGUGAGAACAAUAAACUGUUUUGUAAGAAAAAAGACAAAGAAAAAUGGAAGUUGGGAAUGAUGAUGUCAGCCUGAGCUUUUCUGGGAGUCGUGAUUUCCCUGACUGCUCAUGUCUUUUCUUUCUUUUUUUGUUUUUAAAUUAAAGAGAUGAAAUGAAGUUA